AUGAUGCUGGUGCAAUCGCGCGGCAUGAUCGGUGCCGAGGCAUGGGUGCGGGAUGGCAGCUGGCAGGAAAAGGGACUGUACCCGCUCCAGUCCAGGGUCUGGGGCAAGACGGCAGGCGAGCCGGCUCUCAAUCCCCGUUUUCUGGAAUUGAACAACGUGCUGCUGCAGCCACACCACGCGUCAGGUACCUUCGAGACGCGAAAGGCAGACAUGAAAACAAUCGUCAUUCAUGAAGCGAGAGACCUUCGCAUUGAAGAUCGUGACGCAAGCGAUCCCGGUCCGGGAGAAGUGCAGAUCAAGAUUGCAGCUGGCGGCAUUUGCGGAUCCGACCUGCACUACUUCAAUCACGGCGGCUUCGGGCCGGUACGGCUGAAGGAACCCAUGAUCCUUGGUCACGAAGUUGCCGGUCAUGUUACGGCGCUUGGAGACGGGGUCUCCGGCUUGUCCAUCGGCCAGCUGGUCGCCGUCUCUCCAUCUCGUCCCUGCGGAAAUUGCAGAUAUUGCAACGAAGGGCGUCACAACCAGUGUCUCAACAUGCGCUUUUACGGCAGUGCCAUGCCGUUCCCUCACAUCCAGGGAGCGUUCCGUCAGGUCCUGGUUGCCGAUGCCGCACAAUGCGCUCCGGCGGAUGGUCUUACACCCGGCGAGGCGGCCAUGGCCGAACCCCUUUCCGUUUGCCUGCAUGCGACCCGUCAAGCCGGCACGAUGAUGGGGAAAUCGGUCCUGGUCACCGGCUGCGGACCGAUCGGCAUCCUGUGCAUUCUGGCGGCCCGCAGGGCCGGAGCCGACCUGAUUGUUGCAACCGAUCUUAGCCCGUUCACACUCAAGAUGGCCGAGGCCGCCGGAGCUGAUCUGACGCUCAACAUGGCGGAAAACCCCGCUGACCUUGAACAAUUCACGGCGGACAAGGGCACAUUCGACGUUCUUUUCGAAUGUUCAGGCGCCGCGCCUGCCCUUGCUGCAGGGAUUUCGGCCAUGCGUCCGGGAGGCACAAUUGUCCAGCUUGGCCUUGGCGGUGACAUGAGCCUUCCGAUGAUGGCCAUCACCGCAAAGGAAUUGGCACUGAAGGGGUCGUUCCGGUUUCACGAGGAAUUCUUCACAGCGGUCAGCCUGAUGCAGAAAGGCCUGAUCGAUGUGAAACCCUUCAUCACUCAGACCUUUGCGCUCAACGACGCCGUUGCCGCCUUCGAAAUUGCAGGCGAUCGCAGUCAAACGGUGAAGGCCCAGAUCGCGUUUGCCUGA